GCGAGGUCACAGAAUGGAAGCACGGCGGUAGGUCCGUAUAUAAGUAGUGGCCCCAGGCGUCCCAAAUCUGAGAUAGCCUCUAUAGAGUCUACAUUACACGAUGAUGGGCCGAGCGUGUAGGGUAUGCUUGGUCAUGGCGCUUUGCGCCAUGAACGCUGUCCAGGCCAAGCUUGGACCACCGGGCGGUCCAAUGAAGCUGAAGAAGUUCGAUCUACCGGAAAGCUUCAAGAUCAUCUCAAGCUGGGAGUCGGCAGUGUCCAUAGCGGACUCGGACAGCGACGACAUUUUCGACUGCCUGACGGCGAACCGCACCGCGAUUGACUACGAGGCACAGACAGCCACCUUCGUGUGGACCCUGCACGAGACCGACCAUUCGCCAAGGCAAGAAGUCACGUUCUCUGUCAGACCCGGACCUAGGCCUGGCACCAUAGAUAUGACCGUAGGCGACGACCCAACGGUCUUGGAGGGCAUAUUCUAUUACAUGGACGACGACUGCCUGGUGAUGGACCUCGAGUACCACGGGCAUCAAUGCCUUCUCUGGGUCCGGAAGGAAGCUAAGGACAACGUACCGCAGGAGUGCUUCGUACGCUUUUCCGAUGCCUGCGGAGAGCCCCUGCGUCAACACAGGAGGCAGCUCUGCCCCGACGCCUAGAUCCAGAACUGGAUCGAGAGCGAAAUCGACGGCGAUCCUUGAUAGCCGUAGAGGCGCGACAUUUGUAUCGACCGUUAGAUGACAGUUUAUUUGCGGAGAGAUGUACAUUUAAUCAACUAUUGGACCGACAGAAUAAUCAACCGCGAUUCUCUAUAGCUGAAUAGGCACAACAGACAGCUGUAGCGACAAUUUCAUCGACAGUUUGAUUUACAGACAAAUGUACCGUUGAUCAACCCCUGGACUGACACAGUGUUGCCAGAUGCCGCCGACUAAACAAGCGAAUAAUCACCUCAAAAGAAGCCCAAAAACGCGGCGGCACUCCUGUGAAUAAGCCCAAAACAAGCGGAAGUUAAAAAAAAUGUUCUCAUUCUUGAAAAUUAUUUUAUAGUGUGAAAAAAAUACAAGCACAUAUGGAAAGUGAAAAAGUGUAUUUAUAUUACUUUUUCGUUAUUGUUUAUUCAUUUCACAUAAUAAAAAUAAGCGCUUGAAUGACUGAAAACACUGAAAGUUGUUUCUUGCACUUCAGAACCGCACACUACACAGAGUCAUCGUCACUGGUUUCCAAUAC